AUACCACGAUCCCAAUGAGCACGGUAAGAAAAUACCAAAAGACUCGAAUAAUUAUAUUUUUAACGCAUUUAAUUUUACUUUCUUUUUAUUUAACUUAGCCUAACACAAAACCUCAAAGAACUUCGGACGAUAGCCUACCCUGUAAUAACACGUUCUUCGGCGAAUACGUAUUCAAUUAUGAAUACUUCUGUUCACACUGCGGGAACAAAUGUCUCAGAAUCGGAAUCUCGUUUUUUCGUACCGGACAACAUCACUUCUCUUCCUCUAGUGCUGGAGUCCCGCACCGUAGCCACCUCCGCUACCAUGUUCGUCGUGGGAGUAUUGGGAAAUCUCGUCGCUAUCGUGGUGCUCAGCAUCUCCAAGAAAGAACAAAAAGAAACGACUUUCUACACAUUGGUCUGUGGGAUGGCAAUAACCGAUCUUCUGGGGACAUGUUUCACUAGCCCGGUAGUUAUUGCAACGUAUGUAAGGAACAGGUGGCCCGGCGGGGAGCCACUGUGUCACUUCUUCUCUUUUUCAAUGCUUUUCUUCGGUUCUGCUGGAAUGUCAAUAUUAUGCGCUAUGGCAGUAGAGCGGUACCUUGCCAUUAACCACGCUUACUUUUACUCGCAAUAUGUGGACAGGACGAUGGCCCGGCUUGCGCUUACGGCCACAUACUUGGUCAACAUUGUACUGUGUGUCAUGCCAAGCUUCGGAUUCGGCAAACACGUGAGACACUUGCCGGGUACUUGGUGUUUUUUGGACUGGCGGGCGAUGACACCCCUUGCUGCUUCAUACUCAUUUUUGUACGGAGGAUUCAUGCUUAUGUUGAUAGCAGUGACUGUCAUAUGCAACUUCGCAGUUUGUAGAUCUUUGGUGCGAAUGAACCAGCGAACCCGGGUCGUGAAAGCAGAGGUAUCCGGAAAACACGGGGGUUCGAGGCGACGGUUUCCAAAGAUUCCAUCUGUCACUUCAGCUGCAGAAAUGCAGAUGUUUUGGCUGUUGCUCUUAAUGACUACUGUAUUCUUGGUGUGUUCCAUUCCUUUAGUGGUGCGGAUCUUUGCAAACCAGAUAUAUGGCCCUGCGCAGUUAUCAUCGGGAGGAACGGUGGACUACAGAAAGGAUCUCCUGGCGAUACGGUUCGCCGCCUUCAACCCCAUCCUGGAUCCAUGGGUUUACAUUUUGUGUCGGAAGAAUCUGCUCCUCAAGGGUUGCGAAAGCGUGAAACGGACAAUUAGGGCUGAAAGGGACAGCAACAGGCGCAAAGUUGGCUGCGUAAGUGGCACGCAAACGCCCCCUUCCUGCGCGAACAGCAACACCACCAGCUACGCAUCCCUGGCAACGGGAAACUAUGGACAGGACGCUGGGAAACAGGUCACCUCCAGGACUAAGUCGUUUACCGACUUCACGUUACAGCAGCACUGGGACUUCAGUAUCGCACAACCGAGCUUCCAUCCUUUCAGCGUCGAACAGAGCGCUGAUUAUGGUUCCGUGAAGCUGCUGCCCGUAAACUCUAAACCAGCCGAAGGCCUACCUGAUUUGUGUUACGUUAUUAAGGAAGCGUCUGGCAGCAUUACUGGUGGGGAAGCGGAAAGAUCGACUCUGUCACAGGCACUCUCUGGGCAGGAGAGACCAGCUGAAAUAGUGACGUGCGCUUUCAGCACACCAGACUCUUGCUCUUCAGAGAGGUGCCUCUAAAAUAUUUCUGAACAGGUCCUUGAAAGUAUUUGUCCCAAGGACAACGUGUUUAUGGUCAUAAAUUUCCCCGACCAUAACAGCAGGCUGUCAAGCACUGUUGUUCAACAAAUCCACGUGACAUUUGAAAUACUGGAAAAACUAGCAAGUACAAAAGGGUUCUGUUGAAGAACACCGUGGAGGUUGCAUUUCUUUCUAUACUCCUUAUGAACCGAGCCUUACAAAGGUGUGCAAAGGUAAAUUCAUAGAUGCUUAUGGUACAGAGAAACAAAUCUAUCGCCACUGGAGGUGCAGUAUAUGGUAGAAGCAAUUAUUACUGCAUUAUGAGAUGGGCAGGUAUGCUGUUACCUUGUUCUCUUAAAAUAAUAUAUUUUAUGUUGAGUAACAGGAAUUAGUGCAUACUUGAUAUGAGAUUCGAAAUACAGUUAGUUUUUUCAUCUAAUAAUUAAUUUAAUGACAGAAAAAUCAGUUAACAGAAAACUCUCACCAGUUAUGGAAUGUCAUUCCUAAAGAUUUUGUUGAAUCAUGCAUUCUGUGAUAUUUGUUAUCCAUACUUGAAAUUAUGUGAAAUACAUUUUCUUAAUAUGUUGUACCUUUAUGUACAAGACAGUAUUUCAACUUGUAUUUUUUUAUGGCUGCAUAUGUGCUGUUUAGGCCUUUUGCUAAAUCCACUUGAUGAGCUAUAGCUAGUUCACCCCAAUAACAUCUGAGAGUCUGCAGCAGCAGAAGUGUUGGCUUAAGUCAAAAAAUGUUUGUGGGGUUCCCACUUAAAAAGCAUUGCCUACAGCUUACUAGUAAUCUGGUGUGUUUCAUUUAUAAAGUCAAAGCGAAUUAAUUUGGGGCCCUAACCACCAUUCGCUGUGGCAUAGAACACACACAAGACAAGUGUUAUCAAAUAGCUUUGUAUGGGAAGUGAGCUGUUGUGCGGUAGUGCUAUAAGAUAUGGUUUUGCAUUCAUUUCCGUGUGUGAAUACUUGAUCCUAUAAUACAGCAGUGGUUGGGGAUAUGAUUUGUUCUGAUUGAAAAGGUUUCUUUUGUCUUAAUGGCAUUUAUUUAGGUAUCUUGGCUUAAUGGUAUGUAUUUAGGUAUUUUGCAUUUUUGUCUAAAUUAUAUGUAGAUUAUGAAGUCACAUAAACGAAAGUUAAGAGGUGCUCCUCGUCCAAUCUGAAUGGGCUCUCCCAGAAUGCUAUGUGACUAGCAGUGUACAGGAGAGACAUAAACAGUGAGGAUCAGUGUAUUGAACAUACAUGCUUACAGUGUGGCGGUGAGUGUUUUGAAAGACAAUAUUUUCAGUGCUCUCAUUAUGCAGGUAACAAUCCCUCCUUUUAGAACAGACAUGCUGUUAUGACUUAGCUACAGCUG